UUUCGAAUUGGUCACUCACUUGUCACGAAAAGUCUCUCCUCGUUCCCUCUUGCCUAGGACCGUUAAAGACUGCACCUGCUUAGGAUUUUAUAACUUCAUUUGUUCCACUUCUUAUUUCUUCUCUCUCCCUUUUUCAAACUACUACUAUUCUUUAUCCUUUAGUUUUUUUCUUUCAUCCUGUACCACCCCCACCCCAAAAAGGACACUCGAGUCUCAAAGCGGGCGAGCCUCUAACAACCCCCCUUCCAGAAAUGCAAUUUUGGGGACUUUUACAAAAAUACCUGCACCACUUUCCAAUAGAAACCCAGGGUGCUAUAUCCAAUGGUACCAAUAAAUCACCUCACAAUGCCCACUCACAAGUAAAAAUAGACAAGCCUGAAAACAAAAUGUGUGGUUGGCGAAGCGCUUAG